GUAUGCGUGUACAUCCCUCCCUCCACACACUGGCUGCAGCCACACAAGACACAGUGAACGAACACACCACAAUUGGCACAAAGCGGGAGGGGUACAAGGAGAGGAAGGAGCAAUGAGUACAGUGAUAGACAGACAGACGGUAGCGGUGGGAUCUGAUCUGAUGUGGUGUGGUAUGGUGUGGUGUGGUGUGAGUGGUCUGUGCCUUUUCAUCUUGUCUCUCUCUCUCUCUCUCUGACCCUCCCUCUCUGGAUCGUGUGCGUGCGUAUGUGAUACUCAUUCAUUGACUCAUCCAUUGACGUCAAUCAGCACCAAAAUCGUCCGACACACACAGCACACGUCAUCGCGUCUCAACUCUCGCCCUUAUGCACACCACCCUCACCACCACCACCACCACUCGCAGCCAGAGAGGGCGAGCCGGAAGCAAUGCUCUCACUAGCAAGAGGGCUUUGACUCUGACUAUGGCAGGACACGGCCACCUCCACAAACACACUCGAGUGCACCUCCUGUGACCUCUCGUCCAGCCACGGCCGCCGCCCCGCCCACCACACGCCACCAAAGGAGUCGCUGACAACCGAGAAAUCGUGCCCUCCGCCGACGGAAACCACCCGUGUGUUCUCCCGAAGUGGCCGGGCUCGCACCGGGAGGGGCCUGUUGGUGGUGUCUCCAACGCCCAGCUGCCCACUGAAAGGGGGAUGGAUGGAUGGAUGAAUGGAUGUGUGUGUGUGAGAAUGGUGAGGGGUGGGGUGGGGUGCUUGGCUUGCUUACGAGUCGUUGCGUCCAAAUGCAAAGAUUUCGCCUUUGUCGCUGAGACACACCGUGUGGAAAUCGCCGCAUUCCGCCCGGACGAUGUUGACGUCGGGGGGCAGCGGCACACGGGCAAGGCUGGCGCCCUCUAUCUGCAACCAAGAUAGACAAACGCACACAAAGACAGACAGAAGAUGUCAAUUGGUAUGGGAUUCUCUUCACCUGCAAGUCUGGCUGCUGCCCAGCAUUGCCUGAGCACAUCAAUCAGGGAAAGACUCUUCAAUUAAGCUGAAGAAUGUGUGUGUGUAUUUCGUUCCUUCUUGUGCAGCGUGUGUGUGUGGCGGGGGCGGUGCGGGCGUACCUCCCGUGCCCAGAUUGCCGUAUCUUCGGAUGCCUAUGGAAUAGACCUCUCCCCGAUCGGUCACCCAACUGAUGGAUGGAUGUCAGACAUACACAAACAAACAAACAAACAAACAAAGAAAGAAAGACACACACAACCAACAAGCAAGGCAAGACGGAUUCGAUUCAAGCCACACACAGCACAGCACAGCACAGCAUCCCCCCUCUCCCUCUCCCUCUCCUUCUCCCUCCUACUUGUUCACUCACAUGUUAUGAAGCUUCCCAGAGGCCUGGCAGGGCAGGCAGCACAGCGAUAAUGCCACAUCACAUGCACACACAAACACACACACUGCAAUCAUUGCAUACACUCUCUCCCUCCCUCCCUCUCCCUCGUCCUUUGUGUGUCUCUCGUCACAUAGACGUACCACCCAUCGAAUCCUCCCGCAAGGAAUCCAAUGGGGCGCAGAGGCGUUGGUGCUCUCGGCCAGUGACCGCGCCCCACGCCGCGGGCUCGCGUCACGCAGCCGGAACACCCUCCCGUCGUCAGUCACCACCACUGUCUGUGCGGUCAUGUGCCGGAGAGUCCGCACAUUGUCGCUGCCGUCGAGGGCUAGGGGGAUCUGGAAAGGGUCGCGGCCUGAAGCCGAGACAUAUGGGAAAUGUGUAGGUGGGGCCGUCUGUCUGUCUGUGUGUGUGUCUGUGUUGGGUUAUACGUUCGUGCUGCCCCGGGAAGACGCGAAUGCCAUAGCAGUGCAGCGACUCGCUCCCUCCUCGUGGAGAUGACCCCAGGGCCACCUGCACCACACACACUCACACACACACACACAUACUCACUCACAUGAGCAAAGCCAAGCCCCAUUCAGCCAUCCAGAGCAUAUAUCCACGAGUGCCACUCACAGUGUUGAAAGGCCCGCACGAGACGCUUCUGAAUUUGACUCUCCCCGCCUCCCCACUGCCCCCGUUAACCCCAUUGGUAUCUUCCGUCCCUUCAGUGAAACCUCUGAAGCUGCUGCUCUCGGGCACCGCCCGCCGCACUACACGAGACGUCGAUGUGGAGGUGGGCGAGUCCGGGGGCGACGCUUGCGGAGGCGGCAAGCUCCGAAGGUGGCUCGUCGUGAGAAUCGGCGACCUCAACGGAUCUCUGUCCGUCGUGUCUGUUGUGGCGAGGCUCUCAGAGGCCGUCGGCUGGGGGAGCUCCGUGAAGGACUCUAGUGCCCUGACCCGCCUGACGCCCUCGAGCCGUAUCCUGCCUUUGUCCUGUCUCGACGACGGGCUGGAUGCCCAGUCGAUUCCCGCCUGCAGCAGCCGCCCCUGCUCGGUGAUGAUGGCGCUGUGCCGCUCACCCAGGGCGACUUGCACGGGAGUGUCGUCGUCUGCAGUUCCCCGCAGCCGCAUUCUUUUUGGCCGUGCUGGUGAUGUGCGUGAGGGCCUGCCGAGUUCGCCGGCGUCGUUUCUUCCGGCUGAGAGCAGGUGGCCGGAUGGCAGGAUGGCGAUGAAGCGGCGGUUGGAGACGGCCAGCCUCUGAUGCAUACAUGCAUUCAGCCACCCAAGUAGACAUGAGAAGGGUGUGUGUCUGACAUCGCCCCGCCCAGCCCCUCAUGCACCUGGAAGACGCCGCUCAUCAUCCUCUUGAACUCGAGAAAGGCCAGCAAUGUCUCACCUGUAUGCCGUCCAUUGCACACACAGACAGUGGCAUACACAGCCACAUAGACAUACCCGUGUGGCCCCACGUACGGAAUGUGAGUGACACUGUCUGUGCCUUUUGCUCGCCUGGCAAAAGGAACCCCUCUUGAUCCGGAUCAGCAAUGCGAAAGUGUUCCCGCAGCUGCAGCCGGGCAACAGCGUUCAGGUGCUGUGCAAACAGCCAGGAGGACAGGCCCGCCCUGAAGACAACACACACACCACCCGACAGACACAAAUGGGGGAGUGAGAAACCUCGGUUUUUCCGACCUGCCGCAUUCCCUGGGAGUGCAGAAGCUGAGGACGUUUGCAAGUGUAUCGCCCGGCAAAUCGCGAAGAGAAGCCAUCUUUGGCGGGC